GGACGGGUCAGGAGCGUAGAGGCGGCGGCAAAAUGGCGGCGCCUGAGGAGCAGGAUCUAACUCAGGAGCAGACCGAGAAGCUGCUGCAGUUUCAGGAUCUGACUGGCAUUGAGUCCAUGGAGCAGUGUCGCCUUGCCUUGGAGCAGCAUAACUGGAACAUGGAGGCUGCUGUCCAGGACAGACUGAAUGAGCAGGAGGGUGUACCAAGUGUUUUCAAUCCACCUCCAGCUCGACCCCUACAGGUUAAUACAGCUGACCACAGGAUCUACAGCUAUGUUGUCUCAAGACCACAACCAAGGGGCCUGCUUGGAUGGGGUUAUUACUUGAUAAUGCUUCCAUUCCGGUUUACCUAUUACACGAUACUUGAUAUAUUUAGGUUUGCUCUUCGUUUUAUACGGCCUGACCCUCGCAGCCGGGUCACUGACCCCGUUGGGGACAUUGUUUCAUUUAUGCACUCUUUUGAAGAGAAAUAUGGGAGGGCACACCCUGUCUUCUACCAGGGAACGUACAGCCAGGCACUUAACGAUGCCAAGCGGGAACUUCGAUUUCUUUUGGUUUAUCUUCAUGGAGAUGACCACCAGGACUCUGAUGAGUUCUGCCGCAAUGCUCUCUGUGCACCUGAGGUCAUCUCGCUGAUAAACAGCAGAAUGCUUUUUUGGGCUUGUUCUACAAACAAGCCUGAGGGGUACAGGGUGUCCCAGGCCUUACGUGAGAACACCUAUCCAUUCCUGGCUAUGAUUAUGUUGAAGGAUCGGCGAAUGACUGUGGUAGGAAGGCUAGAAGGCCUCAUUCAACCUGAUGACCUCAUCAACCAGCUGACUUUCAUCAUGGAUGCAAACCAGACUUAUCUGGUGUCAGAACGUCUAGAAAGGUACUGGGGCCUCCUUUCUGAAAAGAGACAGAUGGUGUGCUUGGAAAACGGACUGACUUGGGGCUCCGCAGACUUCUUUCCCGUGUCUUGGGCACUUUGGAAACGCCGGAAGGAGGAGGAGGUGCAGCAGCAGAAGCUGGCGGAGGAGCGAAGGCGACAGAACUUGCAGGAGGAAAAGGAGAGGAAGCUGGAAUGCCUGCCCCCUGAGCCCUCCCCUGAUGAUCCUGAAAGUGUCAAGAUCAUUUUCAAGUUACCCAAUGAUUCCAGAGUAGAGAGACGAUUCCACUUUUCACAGUCUCUAACAGUCAUCCAUGACUUCUUAUUCUCCUUGAAGGAAAGCCCUGAAAAGUUUCAGAUUGAAGCCAAUUUUCCAAGACGGGUACUUCCUUGUAGUGAGCACGGUGAGGAUGGAAGGCUUGUGAAGCCAUCCAGAAAGCCUGAGACUAGCCCCGAGGCCCUAGCACAGGGCCCUGACUUCUACCUUAGGAAAUGUUAG